AUGGGAGGGUUUUUCGCGCUCGCUGGAACCUCGACUCUCAACGACGUGUUCUUUGUGCACGAACGUGGCUUACGCGUCGGUCUCUGGAACUUCGCCAUUAUCGUUUCUGUGAACUUGACGCCAGUUUUUAGUGGCUACGUCAUCUCGAAUAUGUCAUGGAAGUGGAGCUUUUGGCUUGAAGCCAUAUUGUUCGGUUUGGCCUUGGCUGCAGUCAUCCUCCUCUUCCCAGAAACGACCUACCACAGAGACAACGGUCAUAGUAUCAUUGAAGGUCAAACGCCAACACUGCCAACUUCAAACCCAAUUGUCGGCCCGGAGCAAGUGCUGGACUUGAACGACGACAAAUCCGCCAAACUUCCUGCCUCGCCAAGGUCAGAGGUGAUACAGAGCGGUUCUCGUCCAUCCUGGAGAUACUUCCUUGGUCUUGGUUCCGUUGUCCAAACCCUCGCUGCUCGUAACAAUGGCGUCUACGAGCCAGAAUUCCGACUGCUCGUCAUCUCUGUAGCCACUGUUGCCUUGGCACUGGGAAGUUUUGGUCUCGGUGGUGCGAUUCAUGUAGGUCUUUCAGCAAACGCGUGUGGAGUCUUCAUGGCCGUCAUUAAUUUCGGCGUUGGUUUGGGAUGUACGGGGAUUGUUACUUACACAAACGAUGUUUGUGGCGAGCGAGCUGGCGAUGCUUUCGGGUUGGCCAUGGUCACCAAGAGCGCAUUUGCCUUUGGUCUGACGUUUAUCCUAAACGACUACUAUGCCCAAAGCGGUCCUCUCGUUUUCUUUGCUACUUUUGGAGCAAUAGCUGUGGGCGUUAUGUUGACCACAUUGCCAAUGAAGCAAGAUGACAUAAAUUGCGAGAUUUUAGGUAGCGCGCUUCGAAUAUGA